AAGAAAAUGAAGAAGAAGAAGACAAUCUGAAGCAGACCAGGAAGCGACGACGUUGUUUUGAUUGACAGACAUUUGAAUGAAGAUGGGACUGAGACAAAAUGUAGGUUUAUAUCAAACAAAAUACUAUUUCGCUUUGUUUUGAAGGUAAGGUCGUAGUCUCUCAAGUCCCAAUCAUCUAAAUGUUCUGGGAAGCAUUACAGCAAACAUACUAGCUGGCUUACCUAGCCUCAUUUCUAACUUGCUAGCUACGUUAGCAUGCUACCUCCAAGCUACAAAUUAAUCGGUUAUCUAUGGGAAUCGUUGUCCAAGCCACUACAAAGGUGCAUGGUUCCUCUAAAUGUAAGACGCCUGUAUGAGUGACGCACACCACCACCAGCGAAGGAGGGGGGCAGCUUUCCACGCUCCCCCAGCCAACAGACACCCUGAUGGGCUCACAGUGGCUCCCCAGGCCCCUGCCAGGAAGUACAACAUCUGCAUGGUGUCAGACUUUUUUUACCCCAACAUGGGAGGGGUGGAGAGCCACAUCUACCAGCUGUCUCAGUGUCUGAUAGAGAAGGGUCACAAGGUGGUGAUCGCCACCCAUGCCUACGGCUGCAGGAAGGGGGUCCGGUACCUGACCAAUGGGCUCAAGGUCUACUACCUGCCCCUGCAGGUGAUGUACAACCAGUCCACAGCUACCACCUGCUUCCACAGCCUGCCGCUGCUGCGCUGCGUGUUUGUCAGGGAGCGUAUCACCGUAGUGCACGCCCACAGCUCCUUCUCCGCCAUGGGCCACGAUGCAUUGUUCCACGCCAAGACCAUGGGCCUCAACACGGUGUUUACUGACCACUCCCUCUUUGGUUUUGCUGAUGUUAGCUCGAUACUGACCAAUAAGCUGCUGACGGUGUCUUUGUGCGACACCAAUCACAUUGUGUGCGUGUCGUACACAAGUAAGGAGAACACCGUGCUUAGGGCAGCACUUGACCCUGAGAUUGUUUCUGUCAUCCCCAACGCUGUCGACCCCACAGACUUCACCCCCGACCCUUCCCAGCGCUGUGACGACAGGAUCACCAUCGUAGUGGUCAGCCGCCUCGUCUAUCGUAAAGGUAAGGCCUGUAGAUAUGAUUGUAGGAAUGUGAAGUCUCAACUGCUGCUUAUACACUUUUUUUUAGGAAUAGAUCUUCUGGGUGGGAUCAUCCCAGAGCUGUGCCUCAAACAUCCCGAUCUACAUUUCCUGAUUGGUGGAGAGGGACCAAAGAGAAUCGUGUUGGAGGAAGUGAGAGAGAAAUACCAGCUACACGACAGGGUGCGUCUCCUGGGGGCCCUUGAGCAUAAGGAUGUGCGGGGGGUCUUGGUCCAGGGACAUAUCUUCCUCAACACCUCCCUGACCGAGGCCUUCUGCAUGGCUAUAGUGGAGGGGGCCAGCUGUGGACUACAGGUGGUAAGUACGCGUGUUGGAGGGAUCCCUGAGGUUCUACCUGAGGAUCUGAUCACCCUGUGUGAGCCCACCGUGCGUUCUCUUUGUGCCGGCCUGGACAGUGUCAUUGCUAGACAACGAUCGGGCAGCGUCGCCUCCCCAGCUUCCAUCCACGCCCACGUCUGCACCCUCUACACCUGGAGGAAUGUCGCAGAGAGGACAGAGAAGGUGUAUGACCGUGUGGCUGGGGAGAAGGUUCUUCCUCUGGACAGACGGCUGCUCAGACUGAGGGCCCACUGUGGCCCUGUGGCAGGCUCUAUCUUUUCCUUCUUCGCUGUCCUCAACUUCCUCUUCCUGCUCCUUCUCCGCUGGCUCCUCCCAGACCGCCUCAUAGACGUUGCCAUGGAUGCCACGGGGCCCCAGGGGCUGUGGACGCAGGGCUUGGGCGAUAGGAAAGGAACUCACUCUAAAAGUGCCAUGUUGACAAAGGAGGAGCCAGGUGGUCAAAAGACCAAGCUAUGAUGAUAACUCCAAGCAAACACAACUCCUUAUCCUCAACCUUAAUGUAACUGCUUAAAAAAAAUCUUAACUUGACCUCUGACCCAACUACCUGUGGAUACUGACCACUCAUUGCAGAAUGUUUUAAGGGGAACCCUGAUGUUUACAAUAGGAUGAGUGUUCUUGCUCAGGUUAAGACGGUUAUAGAUAUACGUUUUAUUCUUUGUAACCCCGGAAUAAACCCCAAAACUGAAGUACUCCUGUGUUAAUGUUCCACUCAUAGUUUUUGUAUUUUAUAAAGAAGGAUAUACGUUCAUAGAGAAUUAUUUGAUUAAGGAAGGAGGUUGAGGGGUACACCGUUAUUACAAAAAUGCCACAUUGAAUGCCACUGGUUGCCAUAGACAGCAGUAUAAACGUUAAGGGGAGUCUGUAAUAGCGUAGUUUUGUAUUCCAAUCCCACCCACUAACCCAUUUCCCUUGUCCUUUUAUGGUUGAAUUUCAUUUUUUGUAGUUCUCUGCUGUUUAACUUUUUUACUUAUAUCAUGCUUUGCCAAUGUCUUUGUUGGGUGGUUCCUCUGCUAUGGAAAUUGUUUUAUUUGUGUUUUUUUUUUUACAAAUGUUUGUGAGCUCAUGCUUAAGGCUGUGUGUACCCUGAUGAUGCACUGAUUCCUGAACCUUGACCUAUGAUGGAAAUAAGUUUUCUGUUUCAGGAUGACCUAUUUUAUCACCCAUUUUUCUGAUCAAGUAUUUUCAAUAGCUAGGGCCUGAAACUUGUUGUACGUCCUGGAAUAAAAACAUUCAAACUUGU